AUGCCGGCCAUGGCUCUCAGCAUGACCCAGCCAGCACCGGCUGGCCCACAGAAGCAUCGGGCCUGUGAUGAGUGCCGAUCCCGCAAGAUCGCCUGCUCCAAGGAGCCCAACGGCUGCGAUCGCUGCCUGAAAGACGGCCACCCGUGCGUCUACUCGGCCCAGAAGCCCAUGGGACGCCCCCGAAAGCGGCGGCAUGCGGAGACGGACGACGGCUCGGCAGCCUUUUCUGUUCGCCUUCCGGGUUCUGCGCCUGCUACCGCUGCCUCCUCGCAGCCAGCGUCCUUACUCGGGUCUGUCCCGAGUUUCGUUUCGUCCUUUGCUCCAGCUCCACCAGCUCUGACUGCUGCUGCUCCUGCUACUGCGGUCACUGCUGCUCUUUCUCAUGCGCCAUCCGUUUCGAUUCCCACUUCAACUUCAGCUCAUCUUCCGCCAUUUCCUCUCUUUGCCGCUGCGAAUCACGACGAAGCUGCGUUACAGCCACUUGUUGAUGCUGGCCAUUUCCAUAGUCAGCACCACCUUCACAAUGCCACUGCUCACCAUCACAACCAUCACCAGCACGCUGCACCGACGCCAUUUCCAGUUUCGGAUCUCAUGGGCACAUCCCUACAGCUUGACACGCUCGACCUUGGCCACCUGCUGCUACCCGACCAGGGUCUUGCCAGUCUUGAUGUUAUGGGGAUGAAUUCCAGUGUGCAGGCCACACGCUUGCAACCGCAGAGCCAGGAAUUGUUCGAUGGCGGGGUCACGUCUGCCAUGGCUCUGAGACAGCCUGGUUUCUUCCAGGGCCUUGACUUUGGAGACAGCAGCGAGGCCAUUGAUGCCUUGCCCAAAGCCUCCAACGACUAUCAGCAGAAAUGGACUCCUCGAUAUGAGCAGCUUCCAGCACUUAGCGACUCCAGCCCAAGCAGCCAUUCCUCCAACUGCUUCGAAUCAUCGGACCCUACCAGCGCGGAUACGACGACCUCGGCAUCGGAAUCAUCAGCACCCACCCACUGCACUUGUGUCUCCUUGAUCUCUACAACGAUGCCCUCGCUGAUGUCACUCCCGGCUGAUACCUUGUCCGCGAUACGCGUCGCCCGCGAGGCCACACGAUUGGCACAUGAUACUCUCAACUGCCGUCAAUGCUAUUCGGACAUGUAUGAUCUCUCAAAGACUGUACCCGCCUCUCGCGUUCAGAGUUCCGUGUACCUCGGGGUGUUCGUUCGCACGGCCUGCAAUGCCUAUAAGUCGAUCUUGGCUAUGAUUGACAGAGACGCUGAGAGGGCCAAAAAAGACGGGAAGCUCAUACACUUCAGCCUCCAAGAAGUGGGCGGGAUAUUGGCGCGCUUCAUGGACGCGGGUAGGGAUUGUACCUCUGUCGAUUACGCACUGCUCAAGUGCUAUAACAACAAAUCGCUGCAGCCCGAAAUCUGGCGGACCAACAUGCGAGCCAUCAUCAAGGUUGAUGUUUAUGGAUCCAACCACCUGGCAACAUUUGGUUGGCUGGACCGCAGCAUAGACUCGCACGACUACCUCUAUCGAGGGUUGAACGAUGUCAUCCUGUUACUCGACGAGAGGAACAACAAAAGACACGACAUGGCGGAUUCUCUGAUGCAGGCGUGCUAUGGCCACGCAGCGCAACCAAUGUCAUGCCAGCGCCGCCAGCAGAGACAUUGCGUGUCUAUGCUUGAUGAAGCGAGAAUGGAAAUGAGUAGUUUGGUGAUAUCAUAG